GUAAUGAUACACCAUUCCUAAAAUUUAUGUUGGGCCUUAUCUUUUAUAUAUUUUUUUAGUUUGACAAAAAAGCGUUUGGUGUUUGGUUUACGUAAUCGCGCCAAUUAUAAUCGAACUAAUGAAAUAGUAAAGCAAAUUGACAAUUGUGUAAAUUAGUCCAGAAGUUUGUGAAAUAUAAAAAUUCAUGUAUCGGCGUACUUGGGAUUUGGAUUUAACUAGAUCUGCCCUUGACGACAAAUGGAAUGUGUAAUGGAGUUUUAAGAAAAAAUGACAAUGGGACAUCAGUUAUUCACAUGAACCCUCUAGCAAGAAGGAUUUGAGAAGAACAGUUGAAGAAAACAAUCCAUUGCGGGUCCCGCGCCAUGGCAGGUCUAUGGGCGAUGUCUUUGACAUCCAUAGACGAUCAUCUAUAACCGGAAGUGGAAAAGGUGCAAAUUUACAGAGAAGGAAUUCUCAAAAAUUUAGCACGAUAGUGAAAUUCGCCCAGCUCGGAACAAAACACAGACUUAUCAGAUCAACUGGUGAUGACGCAAGUCAUGACGUCAUGAUGCCAACUGAACGAUAUCGACGAGGGACUGUCCAUGGCACGUCCAUGGCCCUCACGAACGGAAGUAGGGUGACAGGCAAGCGCAGAAGUGAUCCUAGUGCAACUUCUACUUCCGGUUUGCAGGAUCCUAAACUUUACCUCCUCAUGCAUAUGGCUGCAUUGGAAAGAAAGAAAUCUACAGCGAAGAAAUCGAAAACAGCUCACAAAUUCCGCAUGUGGGCAUACAUUUGUACAGUACUUCACAGAAAACAUAAACGACUGAUAAAACUAUGGAAUGAGGACACCGCGUACCACACCCAGAUGGAAGAGAUUGACCACUGCCUGGAGGCGGCUGAACACACAGGAGUUAUCAGUAACAAGCGGCUCAAUACUGACUACUUCAAGGCAGACAAACAGAUGCGCAUGUCACAAGAAGGACGUCGGACUUUAACGAAACCAUCCGGCGAGCGGACUCAAGCUGAGAUCCAUCAUUCGACUUUAGCACUCCGGAAUGUAAAGAUAAUAGGAGAUUAUUCGUUAAAGAUACAACAAGCGUUUGCUAAAGUGGGAUUUUUUGAAAGUUAUGAAGCCAAACGUUUUAUUGUGAAGGAAGGAGGAAAGCCUGAGAAUUAUUACGUCAUCAUAUAUGGUCAAAUCCUGAUCGUCAAGCUCGACGAACACAAAUCUACGGCGAAAACUCUGGUAAAGUUAAAAAGAGGAGAUGACUUCGGGGAGCUAGGAAUAUAUCACGGCAAGCCUCGUCAAGGGUCAAUCAUCACAGAAACCUACACAGAGCUACUCCGAGUCUCCGAUGAGGACUUUAAAACAAUAGUGAUGGGAGGAAACAGACUUGAUCCCGAAGUGGACCCUUUCUUAUUAAACCAGAGUUUUCUACAGGGCUGGCCGCUACACGUGCUGAAGGAAAACCCGAAACAGUUCAUGACCAGCUACGUCCAACGAAACACAGUCAUGGAGUUCGAUAGCAGACGAUCAGAUUGGCUGUACAUAGUCAAAUCGGGUUCAAUCAAGGUGCUAAAAAAGCUCGUGAAGACGCUACCGUCUGUGAGUGAGAAGACAGGGCGACAUAUACAGAAGGCGCAUACUGACGGGUAUCAGGCCUUUCUCGUACGGGACACCGACUACAGUAGACACGCCCGCUAUAAUGGUCUAUAUAUCCCCCGGGCCCUGUCCAUAGAUAGUGAUGAUGAAGAGAGUGAGGACGGUCCUCUUUCGGCCAGGAGUAACAUCAGUUACGACAUCAAAUCCGCACCCCUACUAGAAAGGCUGGACCAAGUACUGCGCCCAUCCACUGCUUUCCAUAUGACCACACCCACUUCCAAGCGUCAAGACAGAAACGCCAAAUCGGCCAUAUUCAGGACUCAGAAGACUAACCUGAGGACGUUGACCUCGUCGACCGACUCAGAAAAAAGCGAGAACGAAAAAGAAAACGUUGAAACUCGCGAUAUCAAUGGAAAUCCGGCAUCUGAGAAACAAGAGGGCCGGAGGACGAUAUUUGACGAUUGGGACGCACAAUACAGACAGGCAGAACAUGAAGAGACAGAAGCCGAUAGGAACCCGCUGUUUGUCACUGUGCAAACACUGAAGAAAGGCGAGGUGUUUGGGUUACAAUACAUUGUGUUUGAUGACCAACCCCAGCCUAGUUUAAUUGUAGUCAGCAACGGAGCAGACUGCGUGCGCAUCAGUCGCAGACUUUUUAAACAACACCUACAAAAGGAUCCAAGGAUGGUUGACAGACUAACGAAUAAGGUGUCGCCAUAUCCUACUGAUGAACAGCUACAGGACCAACUUACCACGAGGGUCAACUGGGAAUCCUACAAGGAAAUUAGUAUCAAUAAAAACAUGGCCCGCAUCAGAACACGGUGCAAAAGACAUAAUCAAAGACAGCGACCUUUUCAGUUCUAGAUGUAAUUGACUUUAAUCAAUGAAGUAAGCCUUUAACCUACAUGUUUCAAUGCAACUACUGCUUAAGAUUUUCAAGAUUCUACUAGUGAAUUGAAGACUAAGAGAGCAAAUAAGAAAAGAGGCAAAAUGAAGGCUUCUGCUUGUAAUGAAAGAAAAGAUCCAACUUCAUUUCAUUUCAGCCGCUUGUAAAACAGCUGAAGCCGAAUGUGGACGAUUCUCCUAGUUAUAUUGUGAAGGACAUAACUAUGGCUGUGAUAUAAGACAUAGUAUUCCUCAGUUCUUGAAGGUGCAGGAAAGACAAAGUGUGAACAUGAGAAUUUGGUUUUCGGAUUGCUUAUUGUAUACAUUAUUUACGGUGCUGCGUCUAAUCAUACGAACUGCUCGGGACGAACUCAUGGUUUGUAACAUCACCAGAUAUCAAUUGCAGUAAGCAAACACGAGGACACAAGCCUAUCUCACACAUCAGACGAACUAUAGUAUAUAAUGUGAGAUUUAUUUUCACGGUUUAUAAUCAGAACUGCUUAUCCGUGUCUGGUCUUGUGUACGCAUUGUUAUAUAGCUAAACAUAAAACAAUAUCUAGUGACCUCACGGGGUUUUGAGCAUGAUCAAUUCUUGUUUUUUUUUUACAAUGUUUGUAUUGCAAAUGAUGUCAACACAUGUCAUGUUCAAAUUAGUGGCAACACUGAUGUUGUUAACGAUUUGUGUAAGUCGCAGGACACAUAUCUCGUAAUGGCAUUUAGUUUUUCGUGAAUGUAUCGCUAAAGUCCAAGUGUUUUGAGUUGUGACAAGAGAAGAGAAGACAUGGUUUUUAUAUUACCACAUAAUAAAAUUAUAAAGUAUACACGCUCGAUAGCAGAUAUUUUGUAGUACAGAUGAAAUAUAGAUAAUUGAGCACAAGCUAUAUGUUGAUCAAGACUAUGAUGUAGUUCGGCCAGUCUGCUGCUCGGGUUGUCAAUAUUUAACACGUCUAUACCAUCACACCCAUCUUGUCAACACACCCUUUUGAAUACAGAUCAUCUUUCUGCAGCAAUAUGCUAUACGGUUGAAAUUUAAACCUUUUCUGUCACUGCCCUCCAAAUAUAUUGAGGUCGAAAAUAAAUCACUAUUCGGUUAAUGAGAAAACAACUAGGAACUUUGAAUUUUUGUUAAGGUAAGAGAGCUGGUAUCGUUAAGACUAAUGUUCAAAUAUCAAUUCUGGAUACUCUGUCUUUAAAAGGAGAUGUAAUAAAUAUUAAAUUAAGGUGCUAUACCACCGACAAAUAGUAUUUUUUAUCAAUUAAAAACACGAAUAAAUUCAUAUGUAUUUUUCUUCAGCAAUAAAAGUUAACUCUUUACUUUUUACCACCCUC